GUUUGACAAGAAUUUUGACAGAAAGCAAAUGAUAGGCUUCAAAUGUUUAAAAAUAUUGAAUACCACGCCGUUAUUGUUACUUUUUGCAUUUGUAUCUUUGUUUUAACUUCAAGUUAGUACGGAAAACAAAUUAGAGUGAAAAAAGCUGUGAUACGGUGAAACAGAGUUUCACAUUAAUUAAAACGCAACUACAAAAAGAUGAAUAAAAUUUGUGAAAUUUGCCAAAAAGAGGCACGGUACAAGUGCCCAAUUUGUCUAAUAUUUUAUUGUUCAGUUCCUUGUUGUAAAAAACACAGAGAAAACAAAUGCAAUGUUCUUCAAAGAGAUGAAGAAACUGAAGAAGCCAACUUAAUUGUGAAGAGAAGAAAAAUUGAAACUGUAACAGAAGAUACAGUAGCUGAUGAUAGAUUGAAACUAUUAGCCACUAAUGAGGAAUUGAAUAAUCUGUUAGCAAAUAGUCAUCUCAGAAAUCUCCUAGUAACCAUAGAUCAGACCGAAAAUGCGGACGAAGUUAUGCAAAAAGCCAUGCAGGAACCAAUUUUUGUAGAAUUCGCUGAUGCCUGUCUUAAAGUCGUUGAAAACAAAACCACUGAGGAAAAUACUUAAAUAGUUUAAUUAACGCUUAAGUUAUACAGUAGGUUCUCGGAUUUUAUGUAAGAUUGAUACUAUUUGAAAAUCGUGGUGAUUUUUUCGUGUAAUAAGUUUAAACUAUAUUGUUAUAAGAGUGUCCUAUUCGUGUUAUUUGAUGAUUUAAAGAGCUACAUCUUGACGAAAAAACCAUUUUUAUUGGAUUUAAAAGUGAUCCAGUGGAUCAUAUUAUUAUAUAAUUUUUAAGAAAAUUUAAAACGGCUUACAUUGUCUGCAGCAAUACAAGAUGAAGCGCUAUUUUAGCGAUAAUGACAUUUUCAAUACCAUUCAGUCAUUCAAUGUAGGUAGUUGGACCAGAAAUCACGACAACAAAAGCUUUGUAAUUGUAGUUGCAGUUUUUGUUGUUUUAAAUUUUCUUGUACUCUUAAAAAAUACCUUUUAUAUUUGUCUUUGCAGUAUGCAAUGUUAAAUAAACAUGCUAUGUUUAAUGCAACAGUUUAGUAUUUUUGUUGAAAUAUUAAAAUUUUUGUCAAAUCUUGCAUUCUAUAACACUUAUUGAGCACUCUAAAGUGUUAGUUUAUACAUGAAUAAAUAUAUGCAAAAAGGCAAAUGUUUUAAAAAAAUUCAUUCACUCCAGAAAUCUGUACUGUCAAAAGGAUUGAGUUUUUAGGGAUUCUUUUCGUAUUCUAUUUCUGUGUUAUUGAGUUGACAUUAGGAGCUAGAGAGUUAGGUGACCUGGUAGGUGGAAUAUCUCCCACAAAUGUCCUGACACAUGUAGAUAUUACUAGAAAUAUCGCUGUUUGCAGGGAAUGACACCAGUAGUUGAGAGGAUAGAGGAUUUUUGUACUUAGAUGUCGCGACAUCAAUAAGCAUUGUUUGUUCAGUAUUAUGAAAUCCGGCUUAUUAUGUACCACUACACAUUUGAACAUUCUCCUUCCAGAUGCGCAUUUUUUCUUUGUUGGUCAGAGGGUGUCUGCGCAUAUUGGGACCGUGCAAGUUCGGAAAAGCGACACCUGGUUUCAUAGCUCAGCAACUUUUUUCGCACUUUUAAUUGUAUUGGCCAAUUGCAUUAGUCCUUGCUGCUGGAUAAUUGUCAGGGCCACAGCCCAAAAAAGUUUAAGAAGAAAAUUAAGGCUGAGGUUAUGAUAUUAAAAGGUAAACAAUUGUAUGUAGUAAAUAAAAUUAAUUAUUAAUGCAGUACUGCAAACAAAAUACAAUUGAGUGUCUGAGAAAGAGAAGGGAUUAUGCCACAAAAUUUUUUUUUUAGUUUUAUCUUUUUCAAAAGGUUUUAUCUUUCUCAACAAACAGCUGACGCUCGAACUGUCGGAUUUUCAUUUGCAUUUUAGACAAACAAGGGGAUAUGCCACACUUACAAGAAGUUCAUAUUAUUGUUCCUUGAUGGCAGCACUAUGGAGAACGACAAAAAAACCAAAAUUUCAAGUUGUGUGGCAUAGCCCCUUCUCUUACUCAGACACUCAAUUAAAUUUAAUUUUAUAUAAUAUUUGCAUAUCAUAUCAAUAUUGUGGAGCAACAUAUAAUUUUUCUUCUUCAAUGACAGUAGGUAUGAAAUAUAUGUCAUUUGGACAAUUUCAAUUGACAAUAUGAAUUAUUUAAGCAAUAUUUCUCCGCUAUUCUCGCACGAUCGUUCUCGUAUCCCCUCCAAGUACUUGCACACCGCGAAUAUGUUGCCUCAAUAUAAUUUUUAUUAUCUUCUACGAGGCUACUUGAGCAGUGUGAAAUGGUUGCUCCAGCUAGACAGUUUCUGAAAAUAAGUUUUUUUUUUAAUUAACCACCUGCUUUCCUGUAUCUGUCAGUUUUCUUCUUCAUAGAUACCGUGGUAAUGUCAUUCGUUCAAUUGUAGUACGAGGGUGAUAUUAUAGCGCCUUUGUGCAUACAUAGGUGUUUAGUCCUUUCAGAAAAUUUUAUUAUUACGAUGUUUACCUAAUAAUAGUUUUAUCCUUUGUAUAAAAUCAACUCUCAGUUAGUUUUUCAUUUUUGUUGAUGGUCAAUUUUUGAUGCUUGCUUUAUUCCAAAAUAGUUCUCGUCUACAAUUCUCGUUUUGUCCAUUUAUUAUUAUCUUUUAUUAUUAAUGAAGUUGUAAUGAUUUUAUCUUUAUCCAGCUGUUCUCACUUUAGUAUUAACAUUUGCGUUAUUGUAUAUAUUGUUUCGUUUUGUUUUAGCAUUUAAAGUAGCUUAUUUAAGGUUAUAUGGGAUAUUAGUCUAUUUAAAAGAAUAUUAUGCCGAAAUAACAGUAUACAAAUUUAUUUGAAAACACUAUCGUAUAGAGUUUGCUGUUCAGUUUUAUGUUAAAUUAGCAUUUUGUAAUACCGCAACUUAUAACUGUCGAAAAUACCUUCGCAAAAUUUAUGAUAUAGUCAAUAGUCUAAUCAUGAAUGACUUUUCCAUUUAAACUAAUUUGAACCAAUUAUAACGUCUGGACGUCGAUAUAAUUUGAUGUAAUGUUCGGUAUUUUAGGCUAUACGAGGUGUGGCAAUUAAAGAACGAGGCUGACGCUGUAAACCAUAUUACAGCCAACUGACGUUUGCCUAUGGGGUUGAUUGGUGCGGUUGUCGAGAAUUACGAAAGUAGCGUAAUUCAUUUUCACUAAAAGCUUGAUUUUACUAUUUUUAAUGUGUACUUGCAUUGUUUACACCUUCUGAAAGUAGUGUGUCACUUGUUUCUGCUUCUUUGAUGCAGGAAAACUUGUUUGUUAGUUUUACAUUGUCUUUUACGCAGCAUCAGUUUUUCAGCCAAUAUGCCCGUCGUCCUGGUCCUCUAGGUAUUCUAGAAGUUGAUUUGUGGGCGUGACACAAGGAUACGUAGUCAGUCACUCGUUCCCCAGGUGCAAACUCCUCUUCUUAACCGUCAUCAUUUUUCUCUUCAUUUUCUUCCUCAUUUUCGUACGAUGUCAGUUAGAUGCUCAAAUCUAAGGUCACUAGCAUCACAGUCUAACCAACCACUCUUCCAAAUUUUUUACGUCCACAUUUUCUCUCCCAUGGCCUGAGUUCACUAAACUUUUAAGAUCAGCAAGUUCAUUUUAAUGUUCUCCAAUUGCUAGUACUUUAAGAUUAUGUUGAUUAUGCUGCGUUGUAAAUUUCUUUCCAGCUCAGAUCAUUUGAAGAAUUGAACACUUCUAACUACUUUUAAAUUUCUCAGCUUCUUGUUGCUCACCGCUGAGUUUCUCUCAUUGAAGUCCUCGUCCCAUGGCGUUGCUUAAAGCAAGUUAACACCCCGAUGAUGCUUCAAAAUCUCGUAAGCCCAAUUUCAUGUAAGCUUUUGCAUGGCAUCGGCACAGUAUAAAGAGGGACAGUAGAACCACUCUCCGAAAAAUUGGAAGUAAAAUCUGUAGUCGCGCAUGGCGGCCGCGCAAUGUUCUUAGUCGCUUUUGCCCUACUCUCGCAUUGCUAGUCGCAUAUAAACGUACGGAUUUUUAACAGGGAAAACCCGCAUCCUCCACUGGUGAAUUACCAAUUGCGUCAUAGAGAAAUAAAAAGAGAAGAGAGUGCUUGGUUGCAUACAUUUGAUUGUCACACUAGACGCUAGCGACUCGAUGGACUACUUACCGAACUACACGGCUAAAAGCGGGCGUGGCGGGAUAUUUAAAAUUAUUUUAGAUUUCACUUAGCUAUGAAGAUCUAUUUACAAAAACAAAAUAACUGUAUUUUUAAGUUUUCUUUAAUGUUUUAGUGUAAAAACCUAAUUUCUAUGAAAUAAUUUGGAAAUUGUAAUAUUAUUUACACAUUAUUUUAUUUAUGUCAUAAAUAAUAUUAAAAUUUUAAAUUUUUUCAUAGAAAUUAUAUUUUUACACAAAAAAAUUACAGAAAAAAUAUUAAAAAUACAGUUAUGUUGGUUUUGUAAAUAGAUCUUCGUAAAACAUGGGAAUAAACACUAUGGGAAAAAAACUACACACAUUUUAUUUUUAUUAAUCUUCACGGCGACCUCUUUAUUCAUCUUAUAUUUUACAAAAUGCAGAUAUUACUAGUUUGAUUAGUAGCCUAAAAAUAUCUAAAGAAAAAUAUUUUUUUUCAGAACUUUCAGAAAAAUAGAAAAUAAUAUAAACACUGGGAAAAAAACUACAUAUAUUAUAUUUUUAUUAAUCCUCACGGGGACCCCCCACUUACCGCAUGCAUGUAUGGAGUGCUGAUAAAACAAAAUAAGAAAAUCUAUGCAGUAAAAUUGUUUUGAAAUAAUGAUGUAAAACACAGAUCAACACAAAAUGCAUGCAUGUCCCCGCUCUUUAUUCUUUAAUUAUCUUAUCUUUUACAAAAUGCAGAUAUAUAUUACAAAUUUGUCUAGUAGCCUAAAAAAACCUUAUAAAUUAUUCUACAUUUCCCUCAGAACUUUUUAGAAAAAUAGGAUACAUAUAUACAGAGUGUAACAAAAAUACAGGUCAUAAACUAAAUCACCUAUUCUUUGACCAAAAAUAGUUUGAAUGAACCUAACUUACCUUAUUACACAUAUACACAUAAAAAAAGUUACAGCCCUUUGAAGUUACAAAAUGAAAAUCGAUUUUUUCGAAUAUAUUGAAAACUAUUAGAGAUUUUUUAUUGAAAAUGGACAUGUGGCAUUUUUAUGGCAGGAAUAUCUUAAAGAAAAAUGAUAGUGAAAUUAAAAAUUUUAUGGGGGUUUUGUUCCCUUAAACCCCCCCAAACUCUUGUGUACGUUCCAAUUAAAUUAUUAUGGUGAUACCAUUAGUUAAAUUCAAUAUUUUUAAAACUUUUUCGGCUCUUAGUGUUUUUUCGACAAGGCAGUUUUAUCGAGUUGCGGCUUUUUUUCUAAUGUUUAGGUGUUUAGGUCUAAAUUAGGUGUAAUACUAUACUCAUUAUCAUGCUGACUGGAAAUUGAGCGUUUAUUCUUGACUGGGUUAUUAAUGGAGGAUAAUUUUGGAGGAACUAUUUCUUUGUUACUAAAAAUGUGUACAUUUGAAACAGAGAUUUCAUCAGAAGAAUGUGCAGGUAUAGGCAAAAGUUGAUCAUGGACAUUGGAUAUGUGAAUUAUUUUGGAGGGCACUGCAUUAUUUAAUAGUUUUGUUUUUAAACUGCUUGUAAAUUGUGUUUCCUCAAAAUUAUCUUCACAUAAAUAACACCUAGUUUCAGUAAAUUCAAUACCAAUAAUUUCAAACCAGUCAUGACGUCUUUUUAAAUCUUUAUCUGGAAAUCUAAAAAACUUUUUAUUUGUAUACUCUGGGUCUGUGACAGGAUGAAAAUACUUGUUAUUACAAUAGGAAGCUAAACAUCCGUGAACAUAUUUACUGGGUUUGGAUUUAGAAUUUGACAUUGCAAAAUGAUAAACUAAUAUUACCUACAUACAAUAUAACCACUAUAAAUUGUAACUAAACAGAACCUUUAUUGAUAUUUAACUUAACUUACUUACAAAACACUGACUUUUGUUACAAUACUAGUUUUUUAUUUCUAUUUACACUAUAAAAUGAUAAACUAAUUUUACAGUUGAGUCCAUUGGCAGAAAGUGGUUAUGACAAUCUGUGUGAAUGAGGUGAACUUUGUAUGUAAAUUAAUGCCAAAAUAAAAUUAGUUGUGAAAAACAAACAAUAAACAAACCAGAAAUGUUGCAAAUUGUACUUAAAUCUGAAAACGUCCCCAAGCGUCUUUUUUGCACCUCUAUUUUUUCGAUGUACUGAAUCUAGAAAGUUCAUAAAAAUAACAUGUAUGUUUACUUAAUAACAGGCAGUAGCUGGUUUGUCUUUAGUGUCAUGUGUGGAACACAAUGGUGCUAAGUAACAAGUAUGUGUUUUAUCUCUCCAGGUAUUAAUGAGAACCAUGGACUCAACUGUACCUACAUACAAUAUAACUACCAUACCUUUAUUAACGUUUAACACCUUGGUUAGCGAUCACUUAAACUAAUAACCUGUAAUUUUGUACCAUUUUAUCCUUAUUUUGAAACCAAUAUGAGAAACUAAAAACUCUCGCUUUAGAGCAUUUUAAAUCAUUUAAUAACAAUGGAAGCCAGCGUCUCACACAGUAUUACAGUCAAUAUUUUGUGUGAAAUGCUGGCAUCUCACAUGGUAGCCAAGGUGUUAACCUACCUACUUACAUGUACUUACACUAUACUUGUUAUUCUAUUAGUCUACUUGUCUACAAACAUGGGAGGCCUAUGUCCAGCAGUGGAUCUAGAGGGGCUGAUGAUGAUGAUGAUUAGUCUAUAUCACUUCUCUGUAAUUCCAAGUUCCUGAAAAUAAAACAGAAGGCAAUUUUAAUACAAUGCAUAUAGAGAGUGAAUAUCGAGGUUAGGGAGUUGAACUAACUCAAAAUGUAAAGUGAUUUUCUUAUUAAAUUUGUAAAAGUAUUUCUAAGAAUACACAAAUAGCAUUUUGCAACUAAGAAAAAAAUAAUAUUAAUUACUGAAAAAUAUUGAAUUAACAUUACUUUUAGUAGAAUGCAGUAAUUAAUCACAUCAUAGUUUUUGAGAAAUUAACUCAUAAAAGAAAGCAAUUUUGAUUUGUUGUAAACACCACAUGAAUGUAAUUUAAAAAUUUGGUUGUAUGUUAAUAUUUUACAAUAAUUAUUAAAAUUUAUUGACCACCAUUUUAAGGGUACAUUUUUGGACAUAGUUAUUAAUUUAAAAAGUCCACCGAACCCACUGCAGGAAACAGAGAUUUUAGUUAUCGAGGUCCAUAAAACACAAAAUAUUUGUCAUAUACCUACCUACAAACAAAGUUCUUUUUUAUCUUAUGUCUCUGUGGAUUAAAGUAAAAAUAUGUAUUAUAAAUAAAAUAAUUAUUUACCCACCUAAUGACAUUAAUGUUAUCUUCAAUGUUGCUGUACUUCGUAAUUAUCCUUUUCAAAAGUUGAUGUCUUUGUCGAGUCUGUCUAUACUCCCAAUCCUAGAACGAAAAAACAAAUCAAUUUUCUUUUAAUGAAAACUAAAAAUCAAUAAAGAGAUAUGGUAUGCAUAGAGACCUAUAAUUUAAACUUGAAUGGUAUGAAUUAAGAAGUCAAUAAAUAAAACUGAUGAUAACAUGCUAGACACUCUAUGUUUUGCGUAUGAUCAGAUUCUUACGGCCUAGGGUUAUAACGAUAUUGAAUAUUAUAUGACACACAAAAUCUUAGAAGAGUACCUGCACUGGGGUUUGGAAAUGAAUACCAACAAAACGGAAUAUAUGUGUGUUGGAGGUAUACAGCAGGAUCUAUCGUUGAAAAAUGAAAUAACUAUUAAUCACUGUCAGGAAUAUAAAUACUUGGGUCUUAAAAUUACACAAGAUGGAACAUUGGACAAGAAUAGCCAAGAAAAGUGCACGCAAGGAAGGAAAGCUAUGGCAUUAUUAAACACAAUCCUAGGGGACCAAAAGUAUCUCCAAAGAAAAUAAACAUAACAUCUAUAACAGCAUUGUAACAUAUAGCAGCGAAUUUUGACCACUAAAAGAAAAAUCCGAAAAGAUGCUCAGGGAAACUGAAAUGGACUUCUGGAGAAGAGCUGCUCGUAUAUCAAGAAUACAUAAAAUCAGAAAUACAAGAAUAUUGGAGAUAAUGGAUAGGAUAUACAAUUCAUACAAUAAUUAACAAUAUAAAAACAAAGCAACUAAGAUGUUUUAAGCCACUACAACGUACGGAAGACGACAGAUUACCUACGAAAAGCUGGAUAGAAGAAAUUCAUAGGGAAAUGGGAAACUAUACAUAUAGAGAAAGAGGCUUGAAGGAAGAUAUGUGUUACGAUACAGAAAAAGGCGAUUAUAUAAUAUAUAAAAAAUUGUAUUUUCACCUACCGAUAUUCAAUUUCAGCAAUUCCGGCACUAUCCAGUAAUGAAAAUAUGUUCAGUUCAGUAGUAUUCAGUACAAACCGCCAAAUUAUCUAUUUAUGCCGGGCGGGGAAAUUGCAAAUUCUCACAACAAAAUGGCGUCCUAAAAACACAGUCAAUGUCAAUUGUCAAAAAUGUAAAUUUUCUUCACGGUACAAUCAAAAUACUUUAUUGUACCAUGGGUAAAUUUUAGUUUCAGAAACAGCAGCGCCCCUAUGUGCUACUUACCUGCGCAGAAAGAUUGUGCCAGUUAUUCCCUAUCCUUUGACGUCUCUCUUUUUUUUUAUUUCUCUAUGAAUUGCGUACUGCCGGUAUUACUUCCUGAGAUCAAAGCGCCGAUAGAAGAGUGAUUUUACUGUGGAACCUCUAUAUACUGUGGCAUCGGUAGAGAACGCUUCGCUCUAAAUUAAAUGCUAUCGGUCGCUGACGUAUGCAUACUACCCUUGUAGCAGCGUCAGUCUCAUUAUGAUAUAACCACAUCUAGUAUUAUUCAUUAAGUUUAUGUUAUUUGUGUAUAACUUCGCCCUAUGUAUGUAUUUUAAAACUGUACUUUAUUCCAACUCGACUAUACUUGCAAGAGAGUUACACACAAAUAUUUGUGGUAGAGUGUAGAGUUACUGAACCAAAUGAGAUGAUCAUAUUGGGUUAAUUUGUGAGUACAGUAACUCUUGCAUCUCAUCUCGUACCGUAAGUCGUCAGGUAUGGGUGUGGUUAAGAAAUUGUAAUGUUCGUCGAAUCGGUACUUCUUCGAGGUACCGUAUUUAAACUACAACAUGGAAGAUUUCGAUAUUCUUUUUUAUGCAUAAAGACUGUUACAUAGCCACAUAGACCUAUAACUUGUGUAAUUUGGUACAUAAAUUGGAAAAUUCCAAAAAACUUAGGCGAAUAUUUAAUUGCGGUUAUUGGAAUAAAGUAUAUAUAGUAAAAAAUUUGAUUUAUUCAUUUAAUGUGUAUGUAGUAAAUAAAAGAUCCCAUAUAGUCUAGCUAUUAUUAUAUAAGAUAUAGACUGCCCGACUGAAAACUGACGUUAAUAUUAAUGUUGUGAUACCUUUAAUAAUAUUUAGAAUUUUUAAGUGGAUUUUUAUAGUCUAUGUAUACCCAAUAUAUACAUAUCAAUAAAGAUUUUGAAUCGUAA